GUCCCUUCCCUUCAAACCCCACCGCCUCUCCCUGCCAUGGCCUUGCAAGCUCUCAAUUCCCCGACCGAGCCAUGGAUCAAGCGAUCCAAGCGCUCAAGCCGGCCUCCGCUCGACUCCGACGACGAGCACUUAGCCUUUUCCCUUCUCAUGCUCGCACACGGCGGAAACAUCCCAUCUCCGACAAAAUUGCCUUAUUCUUGUUCCGUUUGUAAUAAGUCCUUCUCUUCUUACCAAGCCCUUGGCGGCCAUAAGUCCAGCCACCGGAAAUCAGACGCCAUCGACACAGAUUCCACCUCCGCCACCACCACUUCCGCCGUCUCUUCUUCUACUGCCGCUUCUACAAGGACCCACCAGUGUUCCAUCUGUUUCAAAUGUUUUCCCACUGGCCAGGCUCUCGGUGGCCACAAGCGGCGGCACUAUGACGGCAACAACAAUAAAACCCUCGCUGCUGGUUCCGAUAGUAACGGCGACUCCACUCUCACGCAGACCCAUGUCCGGGACUUCGAUCUCAACGUGCCGGCCUUGCCGGAGUUCUGGCCGAGAUUCCCGGACAGUCACCGGCGAGAAAAAAGCCAAAGUCAAAGUCAAAGUCAAAGUCAAAGGCGGGAGAAGUAUGUGGAGGAGGAAGUGCAGAGUCCUCACCCGUUGAAGAAGCCGAGGCUUUUGGUUCCGGUGGAAUGAUUCAGAAUCCGGCGGCCCUAAACCCUUUUUUUUUUUUUUUUUAAUUUUUAUAAAUAUUUUUGGUGUGAUUUUAAUUAUGGGUUUGGAUUAUUGGGAUUUAAUUUGUUAGUGUACAGAGAUUAGAAUACGUAUUUAUUUAUUGGGUGUAUUUGGAAAUUUAAAUUAUUGAAGAGAUAAUCAUAAUUAUUUGAUUUAUUUUAAUUAAUUAAUGAAUUUGGGUUUGGUUGUACCGUUGAA